UUGGGUUAAAAAGGAGCGUAAACAUGAAUUUGGAAUUAUUAGAAACCUUCGGUCAAAAUUAUCCAGAGGAAUUUGAUGGUGCAUUGGACUGUGUGAGUAUUGCAAUCACCUGCGCCUUUAACCGUCAGGGCACUUUGCUGGCUGUUGGUUGUAACGAUGGCCGCCUGGUACUGUGGGAUUUUCUCACUCGUGGAAUCUCAAAAGUCAUCAACGCGCACGUUCAUCCAGUGUGCACAUUGAGCUGGAGCAGAAAUGGUCGUAAGCUGUUGAGUGCUGCGACGGACAACACAGUGUCAAUAUGGGAUGUUCUGCAAGGCGAAAUAGAGAAGACCUUUCGCUUCCCGUCACCGAUCCUUAAAGUACAGUUUCACCCAAGAAGCAGUGAAAAGUUCUUGGUUUGCCCAAUGAAGCAUGCUUCGGUCACGAUGAACAUGGAAGUCGGACAUAAACUGAUUCCCCUGGAUGAUGAUUCUGAUCUGAACAUAGUGGCUUCGUAUGACCGGAGGGGAAAACACAUCUACACUGGCAACGCAAAAGGAAGGGUAUGUGUGUUUACUGAAGAUGGUCACAAGCUGAAGGCAUCAUUCCGUGUUACUACGGGAACUCUUAACACCACCGCUAUAAAGUCCAUAGAGUUUGCAAGGAGGGGAGAUUGUUUCCUGGUAAACUCAGCAGACCGGAUUAUUCGCGUGUAUGAAAGCGGGGAAGUUCUGGCGUGUGCGAAGGAUGGGGAACCAGAACCCAUACAGAAGCUACAGGACCUCGUCAACAAAACAAUGUGGAAGAAGUGUUGUUUCUCCGGUGAUGGAGAGUUUAUCGUGGCAGGCUCUGCCAAGCAGCACACACUCCAUAUCUGGGAGAAAGCAGUUGGCAACCUCGUGAAAAUCCUCCACGGAACUAAGGGAGAACUUCUACUUGAUGUUGCUUGGCAUCCAGUGCGGCCAAUCAUCGUGUCCAUCUCGAGUGGUGUGGUGUCUGUCUGGGCGCAGAAUCAAGUGGAAAACUGGAGUGCGUUUGCCCCAGACUUCAAAGAACUGGAUGAGAAUGUGGAAUACGAUGAGCGAGAGUCCGAGUUUGACAUUGCCGAGGAGGGAAUGGAGAAAAAGGAUCUUAAGGAGGACGAGGAGGAUGUGGAUGUGGAUGUGACCACUGUGGAGCCCAUCCAGGCUUUUGUCAGCAGUGAUGAGGAGGAUGACGAUGGAGAUGCCCUUCUUUACCUGCCCGUUGCCCCAGAGAUAGAGGAACCAGAGGAAGGCUGGUCGCUCCAACCUGACCCUCAGGAGGAGAGCCAGAGUAAAAGAAAAGGGUCACAGCCCACCCCUGAUUCUGCCAAAAAGGCCAGAGUUAGGGCCCUUGAUGUUGAUCUGGAGAAUGCCCCAACCGAUGAGAUCCACCCAUUGUUAAAUAUUAAAAAACCCAAUGAGAAAGUUCCCCGCAAACCAAGCACAAAGACAAAGGUGAAACCCGGCAAGUCAGAUCGCUCCAAACAUAAAGAUUGAAGAAGCGAAUGCUUAAUGGAAGAUGCAGAAAUCUUACACAAUGAUGCGGACUGCGUUUGUUCACGAUCACUAAGUUUGUUCACGAACAAACGUAUGAGCUGUAGUGUACAAAUGAACUGCUGUAUAACUUGGCAGGACUGGUGAAAGAGUAAGCCUGCUAUUUGAAACUGUGUUUUGCACAUGAUAAAGCAGUUUACUUUUCAUAGAUCUGAACUUUCUAUGAUUUACUUCCAAUGAAACAUUUUGUGUUUGUAUAUGUUUAAUAUAUUAUUGACUAGAAAACAAUGCCAUUUUCAUUUUUUUAAAACCUUGUGUUCAUUUCCUCCUAGAGUUUCCAUUAAUGCAAUAUCCAGCUGGCUGGUCUAAAACACAUAACUUAGUUGUGUACAUGUAGAUUCUAUACUUGAUCGAAGGUUGUACCUUAAAGAUGCACUCUUACUCCCAAAUCGGAUUUACCACAAUUAAUACAAUUGUUUUAAUAUACCAAAAAGGAUGAAUAAAUGUCAAAAACAAUGGUUCUAAUGACUGAAUCCGAGUUUAGUUUGAAAGAAAGGUGCAGAAAACAGUAGUUCUACCUUAUGAGACCAAAGAUCACAGUUAAUCUUUUAGCACUCACCAUCAUUUAUUAUUUUGCAUUUUCAGCUUUUAAAUACACGGUUACAGUCUUGUUAUUAGUAAUUAAUAUUUUCCAUAAAUUCAUUAUUAGUAAUAAGUAGUUAAAGGUAUAUUACUCAAAAUUUAUGUUUGUUUACAUGUGUAUGUAUUAAUUUUGAAUGAGAGUGUCUCUUUAAAAACCAAUUCAUCAUGAUUGAUAGAAAAGACAAAAUGUCGCCUUAGCACAAAAUGUUAUGUAGCUAAUUGUUUUAGAUGCUCGACGACAGAAGAAAUGUUAUACGUGUAUGUCUGUUUAUGAGAUGAAGUGUACAAAUGUACUGCUGUCAUUCGGAACUCUUCGGCCAUAUUUAUCGAAAACGACCUCGGAUGUAUAUGGACGGUUUACAUACUCGGAAUUCGGUAUGUUUGAGUCCACUGCAUGUAGAUCGCGUUGUAAUUUAAUUUAGUAGAUAAACUUAAUGAGACUUAAAUCUUUGGAAUGAUUCAAUCUUAUUUAUGUUUGCAAUAAAACACUUCACUGGCAAUCAAUUUUAAACUUAGAUCAACAAGUACAAGCUAAAAUACUACAUAGAAAUUAAUGAUAUAAUUCAAAAAAAUACGAACUACUUCAACUGAUGUACCGGCAUGCAUCCGAGGUUGUUUUUAAUAAAACAAUGGCCGAGGAGCUCCGAAUGGUACUGCUUUAUGUCUUGGCAGGACUGGUUGAGUGAGUCUGUUGGUUUGAAAAAAUUGAGAUAUACAUCCCUUGUUAAAACAAGUUAUUGAUAUCAUAGUUAUGAAUUUUCUAUGAUUUUAUUUCCAAUGAAACAUGGUGCAUUUUAUGAUUUGUAUAUUUGUAAUGUAUUACUGACAUGAAAAUAAAAAUGCCCGGAUUCA